GGACUCUGGACCUUCCAGGUCUCCGCGGUGUGACAGAGGGCGGGGCCUGGAACCUGCGCUGGCUGGGAGCGGUGGCCGAGCCCUUGCAGCUUCAUAGUUUCUGUCCUUUCCCAAGAGAAGCAGAAAAUGAACAAGUAUCAGGGACCAGUCACAUUCAAGGAUGUCACUGUGGAAUUCAGCCGAGAAGAGUGGCAGUUAAUGAAUGAUGCUCAGAGGACCCUAUAUAGAGAAGUGAUGCAAGAGAACUAUGGUCUACUAGUCUCAGUGGGUUACCGUGUGAAUAAGUCGAAUGCAGUUUUCAAGCUGAAACAAGGAAAAGAACCGUGGAUAUUGGAAGUGGAAUUUCCGCAUCGAAAUUACCCGGAAGAUCUCUGGAAAAUUCAUGACAGAGGAGCGAAAUGCCAGGAAAGCCGAGCUGAAAAUUCAAGGAAUGGAGAACUCACAAAACACCAGCAAACUCAAGCCAGAGAGAAAAUCCAUAAAUGCAACGAAUGUGGAAAGUCCUUCUGCCAGAAGUCUAUCCUUGUAAUACAUCAGCAUAUUCAUUCAAAGGACAAGCCCAGGGAAUGCGGGGAAUCUGGCUCUAGAAAUGGAGACCGCACAGUACAACAGAAAACUCCCACCAGAGAGAAAACCUAUGAAUGUAAAGAGUGUAAAAAAACUUUCUAUCACCUGUCAUCUCUUAGUAGACAUUUGAGGACUCAUGCAGGGGAGAAACCCUACGAAUGUAAUCAGUGUGAGAAAUCCUUCUACCAGAAGCCACACCUUGUAGAACAUCAGAAAACACAUACAGGAGAGAAACCCUUUGAGUGUAAUGAAUGUGGGAAGUUCUUCUAUGUUAAGGCAUACCUCAUGGUACAUCAGAAAACACACACAGGGGAGAAACCCUAUGAAUGUAAGGAAUGUAGGAAAUCCUUUUCCCAGAAAUCGCACCUCACAGUACAUCAGAGAACACAUACGGGGGAGAAACCUUAUAAAUGUAAGGAAUGUGGGAAAUUCUUUUCUAGAAAUUCACACCUCAAAACUCAUCAGAGAACUCACACAGGAGAGAAACCCUAUGGAUGUAAGGAAUGUGGGAAGUGCUUCUACCAGAAGUCAGCCCUCACAGUACAUCAGCGAACUCACACAGGGGAGAAACCAUUUGAAUGUAAUAAAUGUGGAAAAAACUUUUACUAUAAAUCAGACCUCACUAAACAUCAGAGAAAACACACAGGGGAGAAGCCCUACGAAUGUCAUGAAUGUGGUAAAUCUUUCUCCGUGAAUUCAGUCCUCAGAUUACAUCAAAGGACGCACACAGGAGAGAAACCCUAUGAAUGUAAGGAAUGUGGGAAAUCCUUCUCUCAGAAGUCACAUUUUAUCAUACAUGAGAGAAAACACACAGGGGAGAAACCCUAUGAGUGUCAGGAGUGUAGGAAAACUUUUAUUCAGAAAUCAAAACUUACCGCACAUCAGAAGACACACACAGAAGAAAAAAGCUGAAAAAUACUAUGUAUUGGGAACUUCUUUUGGAAUUCAUCCUUUAGAAUAAUUGGAUAAUUCACACAAGACAAAAAACUUAGGAAUAUCAUCUAUCUCAGAAAAUUUUGCUCACAGUCUGCCUUGACAGAAAACAAAAGACACAGAAAUUCUUCAAAUCUAUAAGGGAGAGAUUUUGACAGCAUGUCAGACUCAACUAAGUACCAGACAAAUUAUAAAAUCUGAGGGAGACCAUUCGUUUAGCAGUCCUACUAGAUUGCACAACACAGAAAUCACAUGAGAGAAAUCCUAUAAAAACAAAUGAGUAUCAGGAAGUUUUCUGACAGGGCAGCCAUCGGUAGAUGCCAAAGCUCACCUGAGACGCUCCUAUCAGUCCCCUUCCUGAGCAUUCAGAAACCGCUGACACCAGGUGCACUUGGAGCACUCAGAGGUGUAACUGCAUAGACCGCCUGUACUGAGAAGUGCUGCUUCCGUGAACUGCAGAUCCACGAUGCCAGGCUAGAACCUUUGUAAGCAUUCCAAAUAUGUGCAAGUUUCUUGGCAAAAAUUCAAGGAGAAUCUGUACUGAGGGAGGUUAACAGAUACGCCAGAAGUCAUGUUGCAGCAAUUGGAUUCUGAGGGGUUUUCUUUGCUUUUUGAGUUUUCUUUGGUUUUUUUUUUUUUUUAAAGAAACCUACCAAUGUCCAGACAUUUUAAGCUUUUUAAAAAGCACAAACACAUUGAAAAAACCAGGUGACAUCAUUGCGCACAUGUGAAGAAUCCUUUAGUAUGUAGAACUAAUGUGAGUCAGCGCACUGCAAGACAGGCUGUGGAUGUUCAUGUGCACGUGGAUCCAUCCGUAUUUGUACAUAAGGAAAUAUGUAGCUUUGGUUCAGUAGUUUUCACGAAUGUGAACAUACGUCACAUUACGUCUGGGCAGUGACUCCUGCUGUUACUCUAAUGUGUAUUUUAAAUGUAAUAUUCUUUUUAAAAUUGUAACGCUUCUUUUUCUCCUAUUUUUUUUGUAUUUUUUAAUGAAUAUAGACGUUACUGAACCAAUUGUUAAGAAAGGUCAGUGAAUUUUACAUUAGGGGCACAUUUAUUCAUAAGAAAAGACAAAUUAUUUUUAAAAACAGCUAAAAACAAUGCUAUGUGAAGUAGUAGUAUCUAUCUUACUGCUGAUAUUUUAGCGGGGUGCAGAGCUAUCUGCAUUAGAAUUUUGUAUGUUUUAAGAAUGUUCUUCACUGCCUUUUUCUUCACAGUAGAAGCAACAUUGUAGUGGUUAAGAGUGGGAACUCCAAACUCUUUUGGCCACAGCUCAAAUUCCAGCAUGGGGCAUGCCACUUAACCUCUCUGUGCCUCUGUUUCCUUUUCUAUAAAAGAGAAGUGAUAAUGAUAGGAUUGCUUUGAGGUAUAAAUGAGUUAAUAUUUUUAGAGCACUUAGAAUAGUGUCUGAGACACAAGAAAAGUAUAUGUUAGAUACUAUUAUCAUUAUAAUUUGUAUUUCUUCAAUAAUGCUGGAGAAAAAAAAGUUUGCUACCAGCAUUCACCACUCACUUUAUUGCUGUAGUGCCUUGGUUUGGCUUGGUUGUGCAUUUUCCCACAAGUGAUUCAGAUAUUCCGAUGGGACCCAAAGCCUGUUUCUGUAGCCUACAAGCCAAGAGUGGUUUUGCAUUUCUAAGUGGGUGGAAGCAAAUAAAGAAUAUUUUGUGACAUGUGAAAUUAUAUUCAAAUUUCAGUGUCCAUAAAUAAAGUUUAGAACACUAUUAGAACAGUAAUAAAUAUCAUUUGUCUCUUUUGCCUGAGGCUGCCUUCAGCACUACAAGAGAAGAGUUGAGUAGUUCUGACAGAGACCAUAUGGCUCACAGAGCCUACCCAGCUACUGAUCUGGCACUUUACAAAAUUAAGUUUUUCUGUUACUUAGAGCUGAAAACACCACAAUCAACGUAUAUGAUGUACUUUUCUGAAUGUUAUGUUUCAGAAAUGAUGCAUACAGCAAUUUGUGGAUGGGUGGUUUUGUGCAGUGUAUUUAUUUUGUACGUUGUAUUUAUAUGUUAAACGCCUAAGCAUUUGAAUUUUUUCAAAUAAGUGUGUUUUAUUUGUUGAACUGUUAUAAAAUUGAAACAUUUUCUGAUGGAAUGUAGCGGUAUGUGUAUAAAAUAAACAUUGUCUAAAUUAAA